AUGGGUGCUAGAGUAUCCCUCGAACACUGCGCAUUUGCAAGAAUUUUGAAUCUGCCAAGCACAGGACUGAGGGACCCAUUGUGGUCAUUGCAAGCUCGUUCGCUAUCCGAAUUUUCGGAAUCGUUCGACUUUCGUAUUUGCAUUAGGAAGAUCACCAUUCUAAGCAUGUUCAAAUACGCUGCCGUCGCAUUUGCGGUCUUUGCCGCUUCUGAAGCAAUCUUCUUCGGUGGUGGCGGAGGAGGAGGAGGAGGCUGCUGCCCUCCUCCAGCCCCGGCUCCAUGCUGCCCACCUCCAGCUCCUUGCUGUCCACCUCCAGCUCCACCUCCAGCCCCAUGCUGCCCACCUCCUGCACCAUCCUGCGGCGGCGGUGGUGGAGGAUGCGGAGGAGGUGGUGGAGGCGGUGGCGGUGGAUACGCCGUCGCUCCCAUGGGUGGUGGUGGCGGUUACCCAAUGGGCGGCGGUGGUGGCUACCCAUCCGGAGGCGGUGGUGGCUAUGCUAUGGCUGGAGGAGCCGGAGGCGGUGGCGGUUAUGCUUCAUCUGGAGGAGGUGGAGGAGCCUACCCAUCCGGAGGUGGCGGUGGCGCUUAUGCUACUGGCAAGUAA